UACGGAAUCAGACACUGUUUAGGGGUUCCCCAAGUUCAAUCAAAAGAAACUCUCUUCAUUAUGGAGAAGUUCAUCUUUUUAGCAUUUCUUGAUGUUCUGGUCGCUUCCCUAUUGUUGUUUCAGCCCGCCACUUGUUCCAGCAACUUCACGGAUCGAGAUGCACUCCUUCGCUUCAAAUCAGCAAUCGAGGUUGACCCAACGAACACGAUCAAAGGCGGCAAUUGGACCACAGAAGCAAACUUCUGUGAAUGGAUCGGCGUCGUUUGCAGCAAUCGCAGGCAGAGAGUCACGGCUUUAGACCUCUCCAACAGGUGUCUCCAAGGAAGACUCUUCUUAUCUGGGCAAUCUCUCUUUCCUGGUUUCUCUUCAUCUUCCCAACAACAGUUUCUACGGCACGAUUCCGACAGAAAUCGGUUGUUUGCGCCGCUUGAAAGAACUCAUACUUGAAUAUAACCAGUUUGAAGGAAGCAUUCCUCCUAACUUAGCCCACUGCCAAAAUCUUGAAGUGAUGACACUCGCGAACAACAGGCUAACGGGUGGCAUACCGAGAGAAUUCGGCGCCCUCCCCAAGUUGCAACGACUGUUUCUUAGCUUCAACCCCUUACAGGGUCAAAUUCCGGGCUUCCUGGGCAACAUAACCACAUUGCAGGUCAUUACUUUGGCCAAGGCCAAUCUCACAGGUUCGAUUCCUCUGACACUUUUCAAUGGAUCGCUCAGGGUUGUCGACUUUAUGCAUAAUGAUCUCUUGGGGAGUCUUCCCUCCGAUCUUUGCUACCGCUGGCCUAAAAUUCAGAGGCUUUUGCUACAUGAUAACCAGUUCAGUGGCCUGCUACCGGAGACGCUAACUCAAUGCAAAGAGCUUCUCCAGUUGGCAAUGUCAUCCAAUCGUUUUCACGGAAGGAUUCCUCGAGACAUAGACAGCUUGCAAAAGCUGCAGUUUCUCUAUCUUGGUACUAACAACUUGACCGGCACAAUUCCUCAAACCAUCGGUAACAUGUCGAGGUUGCACAAGCUGUACCUAGAAUAUAACCGCAUCGGAGGUGACAUUCCGAGUGAGAUCGGCAAGUUGGUGAAUCUGAAUGAAAUGAGCCUUGUGGGCAAUUUGCUAACAGGCGAAGUGCCUGAAGAGCUUUUUAACAUUUCUUCGCUACAAAGUCUUACUUUGUCAGAAAAUUCCCUCUCUGGAAGCCUUCCCUCGGGUAGCGAACUAAGCCUUCCGAAUUUGGAAACACUCGUGUUAUCAGACAAUGGCUUCGACGGCAACAUCCCACAGUAUUUUUCGAAUUUUUCGAACCUAAUCACUUUCGAUGCUGGCAACAAUCUACUCAGCGGACCGAUACCCAUGAGUUUGGGCAACUUGAAGAACCUCAGAUUCUUUGCGGUUCCGUUAAAUCAGCUAACGGGAGAGGCUUAUGGUGCAGAGCUGGGUUUUCUCUCUGCUUUAUCUAAUUGUCAAUCACUUCAAAUCUUGAGCGUGGAUGAAAACCCGCUUCGGGGUUCGAUACCAGAAUCUAUCAAAAACUUCUCCAGUUCCCUACGAUUUCUGGCAGCUUACAAUAGUCAAAUAAGAGGUCGCAUUCCCGACGAAAUGGGUUCCUUGAAGAGCUUGACUUUCCUAAGGUUGGGCUAUAACGAUCUAGACGGCAACAUCCCAUCAUCAAUCGGAGGACUAGAAAGCCUGCAAAGGCUGUAUCUCGAUAACAACCAUCUCGAAGGACCGAUCCCCAAUGAGAUAUGCAACUUGACACGUCUAGGUGAGUUGCUGCUCCGGCAAAAUAGGAUAUCGGGAUCGAUCCCAAAUUGCAUUGGAAACCUGAGCAGCCUUCAAAAGUUCCUCGUAAGUUCGAAUAACAUGACAGCGGUUAUACCGGUUAGUCUGUGGAGCCUUCAAGAACUCAUCUUCCUCAAUCUGUCACACAAUUCUUUCAAUGGAGGACUACCACUUGAAAUAGGGAAAAUGACAGCUAUAGUGAGCAUCGAUAUUUCUUGGAACCGACUUACCGGCGCCAUACCGAGUUCCAUCCAGGAGUUGAAGAGCCUUGCUUCUCUCGACUUGUCAAGGAACUUGUUUCAAGGAUCGAUACCGCAAUCGAUCAGCCACCUCAAAGGUUUGGAUUUCCUCAAUCUCUCCUACAAUGAGUUAUCAGGCACGAUACCCAAGUCCAUGGAAGGACUCACAUAUCUGCAAAAUUUGAACUUGUCCUUUAAUAAGCUAUCAGGAGAGAUUCCUAAUGGCGGACCCUUUGGAAAUUUCUCAGCUCUCUCAUUCAUUGGGAAUGAAGCACUUUGUGGAAAUGCAACUUAUCAAGUCCCACCUUGCAAACUAAAUGGAAAGAAAUCAAGGGACAAGCGGCUCCGGUUACUAUUCAUUAUGUUACCAAUUGUAUCUGUUGUACUUUUAGUCUUUGCCAUUUGCUUGCUUAGAAAGCAUGGGAACACCAGCAAAAAAGCUCCAGUUUCGAUGGAGAACCCGCCUGGAAUUGACCACCCAAUGAUAUCAUAUCAAGAAAUUUGCUUGGCUACUAACAACUUCAGCGGAAGCAAUUUGCUCGGAGCAGGAAGCUUUAGCUCGGUGUACAAGGGGACUCUGGCCAAUGGGACAGACGUUGCGAUCAAAGUACUGAAUCUCUAUAUUGAAGGCGCCUCGAAAAGUUUCGAAGCAGAAUGCGAGGUUUUCCGCAUGAUCAGGCAUCGGAAUCUCGUCAAGGUGAUCAGCACCUGCACGAAUGUCGAUUUGAGAGUGCUGGUGCUGCAAUACGUGCCCCACGGGAGCUUGGAUAAGUGGAUUCACUCCAACAACUAUAACUUGGGUCUCCAUCAGCGAGUGAAGAUAAUGGUCGACGUCGCAACGGCGAUCGAAUAUCUCCACCAUGGCCAACCGGAACCCAUUGUGCACUGCGAUCUGAAGCCUAGCAAUGUUCUUCUAAACGAGGACCUGGUCGCGCAAGUCUGCGACUUCGGAAUCGCGAAGAUUUUGGCUAAGAACAAGCUUGAAACACAGACCCGAACUCUCGGCACGAUUGGUUACAUUGCUCCAGAGUACGGUUCAGAAGGAAAAGUCUCAACAAAAGGAGAUGUCUACAGUUUCGGCAUAUUGUUGUUGGAAGUGAUUACUGGGAAGAAGCCAACCGGUGAAAUGUUCAAUGCAGAUAUGAGCUUGAGGCGAUGGGUAGGUGAAGCGACUCCAAACCGAGUACUUGACAUCGUGGAUAGUGGAAUCCUUAGCACGAAGCAAGAAGAUUUGAUGCUCCCGGAACUCGAGAGCAUAGUUUUAUCGAUCCUCGAGUUAGGACUAGAAUGUUCAAAGGGCUUGCCUGAGGAAAGAAUGGACAUGAAAACUGUCAUGGUUAAGCUCAAUAAGAUCAAGUUGUCACUUCCUUGACAAAAAAAUAAGGUGGAGAGCAGUACCUAGAAUUUGGGCAUAGUGUCAUCUGAGUUUGUACACGGUUAUUUCGUUUCAAUGGCAUCGUGUAUAGCCAUAUGUAAUAAAAUUCCUGAUCCUCUUUUUGUGGUUUUUGAGUUGGAGGAACACAAUUGGAAACGCCACGAGACUUU